CCCUGCUAAUUGCGCGGGCUCCCCACUUGGGCUUAAUGGAUUCUCAAUCCAGCUGUGUGGUGGUGACCGGUUUUGGGCCCUUCCGGCAGCACCUGGUGAAUUCCAGCUGGGAAGCAGUGAAGGAGCUCUCCAAGUUGGGCCUGGGGACUGAUAUGGCGGUGGAACUACGAACUCUGCAGUUGCCUGUAGAUUACAGGGAGGCAAAGCAGAGGGUCACCAGAAUCUGGGAAGAUUUUCAGCCACAACUUGCUGUGCAUGUGGGCAUGGACACCUCUGCCAAAGUGAUCUUUCUGGAACAGUGUGGCAAGAAUAGAAGUUACCAGGAUGCUGACAUCCGGGGCUUCCGACCUGAGGGCAGCGUGUGCCUACCAGGUGGCCCGGAUGUGAUUGAGUCGGUGGUCAGCAUGAAGGCGGUCUGCAAGAACAUUGUGGUGGAGGAUGUUGACGUGGCCUAUUCCCGGGAUGCGGGCAGGUACACUUUGCAGAAGCGUCGAGUGAGCAAGGGGAGGGAAUGAUUUUCAGAGUGCCAUCUCCCCCCCCCCCCCCCCCCAAAGGAGAGAGCCAUCCAAUUGGCUACUCGAUCACCCACCCCUUUGCUGCAGAUGAGCACAGCUUGGUUGCUCACACCCUGGCCUGAGGUCUUAUUUCCAGGACCCCUCCCUGUAACACAGGCUUUGGAGCAUUAUUACAGAAGAGAUGGAAA